AUGACCCUCGCCGAACGCGAUGAACUGAGGCGGGUGGGACGGGAGAACAACGCCACGGCGGGCAUCGUCUGCCCCGCCGAUGUGAGGGCCGCCUUCAACUUCGAAUUCGACGAUAUUGACAUCGAUGUCCCGCUGGGGGAACUCUUGGUCGAGGCGUCCAAGGAAACUCCCCAUUGGCGCGUGAUGUUGACCCCGCUGCCCGGGGCGGCAGGUGAGCCGGACAGCGAGUCCACGCCAAGGCGGGGAGACAGGGUUAUCUAG